AAGACGCUGCAUUUGUCCAGGUUCCAAUUUCACAGCAUCUCCGAGCUACAGCGGCUUAUCUCCGCUUCCCCCAACCUCGAAGACAUCACAUUGCGUGGCGGCGAAUUCGUUCUGCUGAAAUCUGCGAGCGACGCGGAUGUUCGACGAUUUCAGUCCAGGUCACACACUCGAGUUCAGCUUCAACGGCUCGGCAUCGAUUUUGACGACCAUCGCUCGAAGUCUACAUUCGAUGUCAUCAUUGACUGGCUCGAACGCUCAGGCAUCUGUGCAAGCCUACGUCACUUCGAGUCUCUCCCUGACCCUAGCGCUCGAAGAUCCUCAGGCUCUCAGUAUGUCUUUUCCUUCAACUCGUGUAUGCUACUGUAGUGUAAGAAAUGACGAUCGUGAUUCUAGCCCGCUUUCAACUUUUUGCCGGUACAUGAACUGCAGGACUUCCCUCGACGACACUAGCAGUUUUGUCGUCAUGCAUCAUCUCCAGAAGCAUCAUCGUGUGGCCCUGCGUCAGUCUGACGGCCGAGAUCUCUUUCGGUGCCACUGGAAUGAUGGCAUAGUCAAGUGUGGCCUGACCCUAUCCGCCUACCAAUUGGCGCGGCACAUCUCAAAGGUCCACUUUAAGCAUACUGGUGGCCCUGUCCAGAGCAAGUACUGCGGUAAACCCUUCAGCAGACCGGACAAUAGCCUCAAGCGUCACGAGCUGGAUUGCGAAGAGUCCUCACUGGUUAAGAACAACGUUGACAUAGACGGACUCCUCAGAGCAGCUGGACAAUUCCUCACUCGUGUCUGUAUAUCAAGCCUUGUAACGAAUAAUCUAGAGCACAACACUGCAUUGGAAUUCUUGCACUUCAAGAUAGGUUUCCGCGACGAGAAGUACCAGUCAUAUGGCUUCCUGCCUACAAUCGCAGAAGCAUUACACCCCACGCUCUCCACUGCGCAGUCCCAUCAGCUGAAGCAGAUCACGAUCAGUUUAAUCGCCGCCGGGACGCCGGGCCUCUACAGAUCUCUAGACAGGCCUAGGGCAAACUUGAAGUUGAAGGGUCUGCACGACGUCAUGCGUCGCCCCUGUUUUGAGGCACUACUUGAAGUCGAGUUGCAAUUGACUCUCAACCCCCCAAAGGGUUGUGACCGGGUGGAGAAGGAUGGCAUCAUCAACAAUCUCUCUGCUUCGUUCAACACCCUCCUCAGCCCGUGGGCCGACCGUGGUCUACUCCGCGUUUCUUAUAAAGAUAUUUAUAUCUGACAAGGCCCGAAUCUACGUUCAACGGCGCAGAGCAAGACACUGUAUUGUGGGCGCGAGACUGCGAGACCUCACCCAAACCUCGCCCCGGGCUCCUCGC